GUCGGAUGUUUAGAUUUUCAGUUCCGUAAUCGUAAUCGUAAUCACUAAUCAGUUCAGUAGGUUCAAUGUUCAGUACAGUAGCCUACAGAAUAUUAUCACAGAAUAACUUAGUUGCAUGUUUGUGAAACUGAGCCAUAUUCGUAAUUCUAAUAAAAGUACAUCGUCAGAUCUAUUAAAUUAACUUGUUUGCAGAGGAUGAUGUUUAAAUUACUAACUUAAACACUUAUAAAUUAGCCUAAUAAAUUAGUUGCCUUCUGGAGACAAUCUUUUUUAUAGUUGAGAAGUAGCCUACCAAUCACUGAAAUGACAAGUUUAGUUAAUUUACUGAAACAAAUCAAAGAAAAGGAGGAACAUGAUUUGGAAUAUACCAAAAAAAUCAAAGAGGUUGAAGGACUGCUAAAAGCUGAACUAGAGACCUUAAAGAAGUUAAAGUUGAAACAAAAAAAGUUAUCAGGAGAAAUCCCAAGAAGGCACUUGACAUGUUCUGGAAGAGAAAUAACAAGAAUUGAGCUCCUACAUGAGAAACAAGCAUGGGAGGACCUUCUCCAAGACGUUCACAGAGGUCUUAGCCUCAGUGAAGCAAAUUUGGAUGAGUUGCAGCAAACUGUUUGUUUGGAUAGACUAUCUUUUUGUAACAAACUAAAGACUUAUGUGGAUAAAUAUGAAAUUUUUAACGUACCCAAAGGUGAACCCAAUAAAUCUGGUUUGCCUACCCUGACCGUUUCUACAACUACAAUAAAGAUUGAACAAGAUGAGGAUAACAAACAAAAUCUUGAAGAGGAAUUCAUUAUUCUAGAAAAUCAAUUAGAAGAGCUUAAGACAGAGAGAAUUAAAAUUGAAGAAGCAAAAGUAAUGAAAAUAAAGCUGGAAGCUGAACCCACUUGUGGAAAGGAAUUCUUACGGUGCCAAAAAAUGCUUAAAGAGGCCAGAGACAAUUUAAAACGGGCAGAAGAGGAAGAGACAUACCUAAAAAUGAAAAUUACCCAGAAAGAGGUUGUUCUUCUAAGGAAUAAGUCGUUGGUAAUGGAAGAUACAACUGCGGUUUCUCCAGUAAUUGAAAAUAUUUCUAAAGAUACAGACAUGACUUUACCUUUACCCAGACAAGAAACUACAAAAAGUACAAGUCUACUAGAACGCCCAUCUGUUUCUAAGACUGUCACAUUUAAUAACACAGUCGAAACAAAACCAAUUUCACCACCACUGCAGUAUAAGACAAGCCUGAAGUCAAAGAGCCGAAUUAAAUCACCUAGUGCUGCUUUAAGGAACAAACUUACUCAACAGCUAACAUCACAGCUUGAUGAAACAAUGAGAGCCAUUCUUUUUAAAGAUGAAACCAAAUAACAGAAAGUGCAUUGCAGCUCGGUUUCAAAUCAUAUUUGGCGUGAUAUUCUUGAAAGAACUUAAACAUUUAGUAUUGUUAUCUUGUGGUUUAUCAUACCUCUGCUUUAAGUUUUUAAUUUUAAUUAAUUUAAAUAAUUGAAUAAAUAAUUAUUUUUAAGUUUUUAAUUUUCAACAUCAGGCUAAGCUGUAAAGUUUUUGUUGCCAGCACAUUUUCAAAGCUUGCCUUUUGUUAAUCCUACAAAGUUUGAUAUUUCUACAAACAACGGCUAGUUUAAUGUUGACAAUUUUGACUACAAAUGGAUAACAUGGAUGUAACCUUAUUUGAUCAUACUGGAAGGCUAGCAAAUUAUUGUUUAGUACAAUUUUUUUUGUUAACAUUAAGUGAUUUAUUACCUCUGCUGGCACUGUGUGCAGUAAUAGCAGCAUAUAGGCAGUUAUAAUAUUGGUAUUACAAUCUAAGUAAGUGUCAGAUCCUUUUAGGUACAAACCUAAAGUGAGGUUCAGCCAAAUCAUGAAUCAUGAUUGUUUACCUUUUAGAAAAGCCAAGUAGGCCUACAUUGUAUGGACCUAUUCAUAACUGUAUAACCGUAUUCCUAAGAGUGUAUUUUGCUUAGCAAACCAUUACGUGUAUUAGUAAGAAAUAACUGAAAUAAAACUGGUAAUUAUUAAUAUGCACGUGAUAAUUUUUCUGGUAGUAUAGUUGGAUAAUAGCAUUAACUUUUGGAUGUCAAAGGUAAUAGGGAAACAAGAAAACUUAUAGCAUGUAAAAUAACAAAUUAUAUUAAUAGUUAAUACUACAGUAUAUGAUUGAGGACUA